GGAGAUCUCCACAGCUCGAUGAAAGACACGGGCUGCAGCGCUAAUGUAUGGGAAGUACCCGGCAGUACAGUGUCAUAUGCGGAAUACAUUUGCAUUACAUAUCAUCAAUAACCCUAACCCUUCUCCUUGCUUUUCGUGCCUGAGCACCCGCUACACUACAGAGGUAGUGUCUCAUUCACCGUCAGGGGCAGACGAUCUUUCCAUGACCAUAGCUCCAACCUCACCAUCUCGAUCGCCUCACAACCGCUCACCUUACCUCUACACCCACGCCACUUUAUCAAAACUUUCUGGAAGGACUCUCCGUUUAAUCGCCUUCUGGAAUCUGCAGGGUUUUUCUUGUUUCACAAACUUAGACCUAGAAUUCCUCACAAGUCCUUGUCAGCGAGAAACCCGCCCCCCCGCAUGCUGUGUGUCCAAAUACAGGACAAACAUUCUCCGACAAAAAGAACCUCCAUCCCGGUCAACAUUCCCACCGGGUAACACGGUAAUCCCCCCGAGGCCAAUGACAACAUCCAUGCCAUUCUCCCGGAUGGGCAACCUGCCCGCUGUUAGACGGCAGCAUCUCCUUGCCGAGUUUGCCGGUCUUAAACAGGCAUGUCCAAAUGGCGUCUUCGUCAGUCUCACGCCCGGUGACCCGAAUCUGUGGUCGGGCGUGAUCUUCGUACGCAAAGGUCCAUACGCCAACGCCGUCCUCCGCUUCCAGGUCUCCUUCCCGGACUCGUAUCCGAACCUGCCGCCCCUGGUUACCUUCUCCACAGACAUGUUCCACCCCCUUAUCACGCCUCUUACCACGUACAUGUACAGCACCGACGUCCAGCACAACGGUACCGUCAGUGCCACCGACGAGGAGCGCCUCCCGCCCGGAGGCUUCAGUCUACGUCAUGGCUUCCCGCACUGGUUUGGUAGGGCCAGUCGGUCCCGUGGGGAGCGUGGUAGUGGCGAUCAACGAGGAAGGCCGCCUGCGUCGCUACAGAUGACGCCCCCACCGGACACUCGCAAGGUCCAGACCGGAAACAGAUCCGAAGAUGGGACCAAGAAUGGCGGAGGGACGGAAGGGACGCCGGAGUCUACCACCGAAGCCAACGCAGAUGCGGCUUCUGACUGCAGCAGGUCAGCCGCCAGGCGGGACGUUUCAACCUACGAGGUUCUCCGGUACAUCCGCAGCACCUUUGAUGAUGCAAACGUUCUUGACUCAGUCCCACUUGAGGCGGCUGGCAAUCCGGGCGCCUGGCAUGCGUGGCGCACUCAUCGGCGACAACAGGCUGCCAAUGUGACUUCUUCCCCCGCUUCUGUAAAGUCUGAUCUGGACUCGAAUUCGAUCAAAAUAGAUGAGACCAUUACAAGUCCUUCACCAAGCGGAACUGCUGAGACAAGUUCAGCCACAUCGACAUCGGCCGCACCAAAGCGUCCUGACGAGUGGAACUGGGACGGUGUUUGGGAAGAGAGGGUCAAGAGAGGUAUCGCGACUAGCUUGUCAGAGCCGGUCUUGUUUGGAAACGCCGGGGCGGCAGAUGAAGUGAUCAAUUUCAUCAGCAUGGAGGAAGCAGAUGUCGAAGGAACAAAACAAAACCUCCUUAGAACCCUUGGUGCUAUACCUUAGUGACUGCCACCGAAGGAGUUCCACAGCUCUAGUGCAAGUUGUGUGUACCUUGCCCCGCGAAGGGUAGCACUUUCCCUGGGAACCCGCAGGGACUAGAAACUGGUUUAGGACGGAAGCAACUGCGAAACAGGCGUUCCUCCCCUCUUCGCCUUCUUCGGGGAGAUGGGACGUGACGAUGAGAGCAGGUCAGAGGGCCUUGAUCAAGACCGUCAAGCGCUGAAACUAAACCCAACUUGACCUAAUCCUAAUAUACCCGGACAUCAUCAGAGCGGACAGUUCGAGUGUUGUCCAAGCUCGACGUUUUGUGGAAGAACGACGUACAUGACUAGCAGUAAUCUUUGCAAAUACACUUCGGAUACAUUUUCUCAUUACCAUACCAAUUGCAAGCCGUACACAAGCCGUCCAGUCAGCAAGAUCACCGUACCUGACCGUGGACAUUGUUCUGAAUCCGACCUCGGUACCGCUUUGCGUCCAAAGCUCUUGCUAACGUCCCUGUCAGCCACGGCUACCGUCG